GUCCACGAGAACAGAGCUGAUACAACAACACGGCUGCAGCUCGAGCGCCAAAUAUCCAUCUGCUUUCUGAACCAUGUCGCUGAGCCCAAAGCACACGACACCUUUCUCAGUGACAGAUAUUUUGAGCCCAAUCGAAGAGACUUACAAGAAGUUCAGUGGCAUGGAGAGCUCUGGAAACCUCACAUCUCCGCUGGGAGCCUACCGCCAACCUCAGGUGUCCCAGACUGGCAUGCAGCAGCACUCUAUGGGCCACAACGCCGCCGUGGCGACCACCUACCACAUGCCACACUCCGUUUCUCAGUUUUCGCACAGUGCAAUGGGGGGCUACUGCAAUGGCAGUAUUGGCAACAUGGGGGACCUACCCUCUUACCAAGAAACUAUGAGAAACAGCGCAGCAACUGGGUGGUACGGCGCCAAUCCUGACCCUAGGUACUCGACAAUUUCUAGAUUCAUGGGACCUUCCACAGGUAUGAACAUGAACAUGGGCACGCUGACUGGCAUGGCUGACACCACCAAAUCCAUCCCACCCUUGCACGCGGCUCCAAGGAGGAAGCGACGGGUGCUCUUCUCUCAGGCGCAAGUGUACGAGCUGGAAAGGAGAUUUAAGCAGCAGAAAUACCUUUCAGCGCCAGAGAGGGAACACCUGGCUAGCAUGAUCCAUCUGACCCCGACGCAGGUCAAGAUCUGGUUUCAGAAUCAUCGUUAUAAGAUGAAACGCCAGGCCAAGGACAAAGUAACCCAGCAGCUUCAACAGGAGGGCAACCUGUGUCAACAGCAGCAGUCGCCGAGGAGAGUGGCUGUGCCUGUGUUAGUGAAGGACGGCAAGCCCUGUCAAAACGGCUCCAACACACCGACGCCGAACCAGCAGCAGAUGCAACAGCAGCAGCAGAACGGAUCGGGGGUCGUGCUUCCUACCUCGAGCAACUCUAUGAAUCAGCAGGUCAACGUAGCGCUGGUUCAGGCCCAAGACCUGGAGGAAAUGUCCCCAAGUCCCCCGUCACUCCACUCGCAGAUGAACACCAUGGGCCAGAUGGACGGUACCGUAGAUUACACGAAUAACAUGGUCACUUCAAAUCUGCUUUAUGGCAGAACGUGGUAAAACCGACCAUUACCUUUCCUUGUUUGUUUUUUACGCAACUUUACAGUCGUCUGAAUUAUUACGCAUGGGGACUUGCGCUACGCAUCAUGCGAUCGAAGGACUUUUGGGGGAAAAUGUGCCAUCUUUUUUCUAAAAACACUUUUCGUGGGCACGAUUUUCUACAGAGACCCUGCUCUUACAAUGGACGAGACGAUCAAAUACUGUUUAUGUUCUUGCUGUAUGUUUUGGACUUCCCUUUGUUGCGCUAGUAAAAGGUUAAACAAACUUGCUGCUCCAGAACUAUGAUAAUGGCACAACACGGGAAGCAAUGUUUCAUAAUUCAGGUAUGAACUUCUAGCAAGAAAAGAUAAAUGCCUGGACACGACAUGAAACCACUAUUGUAAACUAAUGUAUUGAUUCAGAUAAAUGAAAGUAGGGGUUGUAUAUUUGGCUAAUUCUUAAGUUUCUGUUGUAAUAUAAAUGUUUCAGUCUUUUUGUUGGUCAUUAUUCUAUUUUUUUCUUUUUUUAUAAGU